ACUAUACUAUACAGUAUAUAGUAAAUAUACUAUAGAUUUGCAAUUCUGUGGCUCCUUUCGCACAACACUGCGGGUGCGGAUUAUUAUUUUCGCAUAAUUAAUUUAAUUAUUUUUCAGUGCUAUUCCAACACAGCUUAAAUAACAAAAGAAAUUGACAUGUCAUGGGAGAGCAUUGCCUCAAAGGAUCUACUUUGCAUCCCACCUAGCCAGAACCAUUCAGCCACGCAUUUACUCACAUCGCCAGAUGGAUCGCGUUAUCUCUUAGAUAACUCGAAUGAACUAAGUCAAUUGGAUGAGAGCUUUUCGCGAGUGGCAGGCUAUGGCUCAAGUCCCGACGCCGGAUCCCGCUCCUGUUGGACAUCAGGCCAGGGACUGUUGCACACCAAUUCGGUAAUCGGUUGUUUUCUGUCGUGCCAACAGAGUUUGAGGCAAUAUAUAGCGAAAAGAAAGAUCGAGCGUGGCCGCCGGCUUUAUGAGCAAAAUAACCAAACCGAGGCAGUCCGGACGUGGCGCAGUGCUCUGAAGGGCACCUGUCAGCGAGAAGAUUGCUUUCAGCUCUUGGGAUAUUUGUAUCAGGCCCACAUGGACUGGGGUAAAUUCCGAGAAGCUAUUGAGUUUAGUCAUCAACAACUUGGUAUCUCCGAGGAGCUCGACUCACCAAAUAUGAGAGCUGAAACGUAUCUGAACUUGAGCAGAGCCCAUGCCAGCCUGGGUGGACUGGAACGAUCCCUGAGUUAUGCCCGUCACUCGCUCUAUAAUGAAUGCGGGACGAAGUGCCGCAGUGGCUUAGUCCAUUUGACGGUAGCUCGGGUUUACCUGGAAAUGGGCGGAUUCUCUAGAGCGCUGGAGGGAUUGCAGGGUGCCUAUAAGAUAGCUAUGGCUAUUGGUGAUCCCUCUCUAGAACUGCAGGUGUAUGUAGCCCUAUCGGAAUUGUUUGGACGUCUGCAGGAUAACGAUAAGAGCGCAACGUAUGCAUCCAAGGCCUACGAUCUAUCGCGAUCUCUACAACUUGGAGAUCUGAACUCAUGCCACCAUAGGGCAGCGCUACUGCGCAUGGCGGUCUCAUUGCGAAAGCAGGGGGAGCUGGGAGAUGCCCAGGAUUAUUGUAAGGAAGCGACUAAGUUGUCGCUGAUAUCCGGUGAUCAGGCUACGUUUACCCGCAGUAUUCGGAUUAUGGGUGACAUUUAUCGUAAGAAAAUGGAUAUGGAUAGGGCCUUUCGACAAUAUGAACAGGCGAUGGGCACUUCUGCCAGCUUGGGCGAUCGCAUGGCUCAAAUGGAAGCCAUGGACGGAGCUGCUCGUUGCUUGGAAACGCUGCGUCUGCAAAAUAAAAUCUGUAACUGCAGACCGCUCGAGUUCAAUACGCGUCUUUUAGAGGUUGCUAGCUCCAUUGGGGCCAAGUUUCUAGUUCGCAAGAUCCGUUGCCGGCUCGCACUAAUAUAUCGCGCUGGGGACGAGGAUCAAUACAACUCACACUUUCGUCUUGCAAAUCAAACGGAUGCGGCGUUGGGCUUGAAUUGUGGGGCCUGUGGAGAGCUAUUUGGGCUACAGCCGGAAAACCUGGAGGCUCUGCCCUGUGCACACAUUCUCCAUGCGAGAUGUGCCUAUGAAAUAUUACGACGUCGGGACAAAAAUACGCCACGAUCUUGUCCGGCAUGUAAUAAGCUGAUGAGUUCUCGACUGCAGCUUGGCGGAAGCGGAAACGCAAAUGGAGUCAUACCAAUUGAAGCGGACAGCACAGAUGGAGGCGGCAGCAGCGUCAUCAAUGCAAAUGUUCUUUCAGUUGAUGGCUUAUUCGGCAUCAACUCGGAUAUUCUUCUACCCUCAACCGUAUUCUGUAACAUUAAUCGAUCAAUGCCAUCGGACACAGAAAAUGUCACCUUAAUAAUGUCGCCAAAGAACAUAUACCAUAGUAAUCUAUCAUUGGCCUCGCUCAGUAUGCGAGCUUCCAGUCUGACCAUCGACAGCGAUAGACAGAAUGCGACAUCGUCUGUAUGAGACUUUAAAAACCAUACACCAGUAAGAAAUUUUAAAAUCAAAUGCAAUAUAUCAGGAGAUCGUUGUUACUAGUUAGCCCCUUAUUUCGAUCAGAUCUACAUAUGUACCAUACUUAAAAAAAUGUUAUUGCAUUCUAAAUGCGCACAGAAAGUUAACAGACACCAAAGUUUAAGUUACUAACAAGUUACUUGAAGUAAAAUAAAGCAAGCAUUUUAAUAUUCCGGCUUAAGCUUGACAUCCUAAAAGAUUAUAAAUAAAUAGAGUACCUUUUCAAGUCAGCAUGUCUGGUUUUGUUAGUGUUUUAAAUUUAAGCCUAAAAAUAUAUGUGGCGAAAACAAUUCAACUUUUAAAUAAUAAAAAAAUCGUUAAGUGUUAAAUAUUAAUACAUUUGGUUUUCAGAGCCCUGGGUCGAGACAUACAAGUAAUAAAACUAUAAUUCAAACCAAAUAAAAUAG